GCCAGAUUGUUUUUGGCGCCUUUUUUUUUUUUUUUCAUUCCCGUCCAAGAAGAUCCUGCUUGCGAAAGACGGCUGCGACGUUGCGUUGAACACAAACAACAAAACCAUGGCGACACUUCAGCAGCGCCGGCGAGACGACGCUGCUGCUGCUGGGCGACGCAGAACGACAACGGCUGCUGCUGCCAGCUCAUCAUCGCUGCGGUUGCUCGCGGUUGCCCUGGCUGCUGCGAUCGCGCUCGCUGCCUCGAUGCUCGUCUCUGCGCAGCCCAACGCAGCAGACAGUCCAUCGGGUCUGACGUCGAUGCCGACCUUUGCCUGCGCCGACGAGACGUGCACAAAAGCGAUCUCGCGAGUCUUUGCGCGGCGAGCUCCGCGACCACAGUUGCAGCACGCGUCCCAGAUGGCCAACAAGCAGAACGCACCACGACAACAAGAACAACAGCAGCAGGAUGGCAGUCCCAGCAGCGUCGCGGAAGACCCCGCCGAAGCACUCGCGUCCUGGGGUCCGCUGCUGCGCUUUGAUCCGGGGGACACGAUGACCGUCUUUGCCAAGAGCGAGGAGCUGGAAGUCUGGAUCGGAGAAAAGAACGGCGUUCGUGGCCGCUUUAGCCCCGAGUAUGUCCUGGAGAGCUCGGUGUUCUCUGACGCCACGUUUCUUGUCACCGGGUUUGCGCCGUACUAUGUUGCUCCUGUUGAAGAAGGUGCGGCCGCGAGCAAUCCACCUGAUGAGCAACAAGCGCCGUCGACAGACCCGUUCGCCGGGGCGUCCUUGACGGAGCGAAACCAGUUUGACACGUUGCAGCGCGAGCUUGGCAAGAUCAAGUCGAUCGCCAACAGCAGCUUGAAGCGCGGGGGUGCGGCGUUCGGGCAGCGUGCUGCACAGCUCGUCAAGUCACUGGUGGCGCGUUGCGCGAAUCUGCUCGACACCAACACGUUCAAGCACCCUCCGGCGCUCGCCAUUUUCCUGGAAGAGAUUGUCCAUCCCGCCGAACAGCUGUUUGAGCAACUGAGUGGCACUGCUACCAGGCUUGCGAUUCCUACGACGACCGUCGUGGCUGCUCCUUCUUCGUCGACAGCCACAGCUCCUGCCCUUGUUGCGACUGAAACGGUGGACAUUCUCAGCCAGGCCUCGGCUGCCGGACCCACUGCUGAAGCCGAGAGUGCCACUGCCACUUUACUUGCAAACUCGGCCGAGACGACGCCUGGCGUGCAGCAAGCCAUCGAAACCCCCGAGCUGCUUGCGCUCGAGACCCCAGAGCUGCUCGAGCUCGAAACGCCCGAGCUCGCCGCCGAGGAGCUCGUCUCGGUUGAAACUGCUGCCGUCGCAGACGCUGCCAGCGACUCCAGUGUGGGCCAUGCCCCAGAGCCCACCGACGUGGUGUCGGUUGCGGAGGAGACGCCAUCCAUUGUUGCCAAAGAAGUCGAGCAAUCCGAGCAAGCUCUCGCCGACGAGGACGUCGAGCAGAUGCUGGCUGAUCUGGAGCGUGCCGACCACCUCCGCGAGAUGGAAGCCGCUCACCAUGACAUGGAAGUUGCGCUGGCUUCUACCCAAGCCGACUCUGCUCCUGCAGUGGCCGAUGCCUCAACCGCUGCUGUGCCGUCUGCAACCGAGUCCGCUGCUGAGGAAACAACUGUGGUGACUGUCGAGCCUACCUACCACGAUGCGACUGACAGUGUAGAGCGCAUCGAAAACAGCGAGAUGGACGCAGACCAGCUGCUGCAAGACCAAGCAGAGCAGCUGCGGAUUCAAGCUCAAGAAGCUGCUGCAGCUCAAGAAGCAGCCGACGCUGCAGCCAUUGAAGAGCAGCAGCGUCUCCAGAAACUGUUUGAGGCCGAGCAAGCCGAACAAGCGCGCCAGGAAGCCGAACGAGCUCACCAGGAAGCCGAGCAAGCGCGCCUCGAAGCCGAGCGAGCCCGCCAGGCAGCUAUUGAAGCUGAAAUUGUCGCACAAGCCGAGCGCGCACAGGCAGUCAAGCUCGAGUUUGAGCAGCAGGCUGAGCGCGAUCGCAUUGAGCGCGAGCAACAAGCUGAAGCCGAACGUCUCCAAAAUCUGGAGCCGUUUGAACCUCCAGUUCCGCCCCACCGACACGUUCCCGGCAAUCGCCAUCGCGCUGCCGACUCUCGACCCUCAAUCUCGCCCCCGCAGCAGCAGCAGCAACAACAGCAGCAGCAAGACGAAGCCGCCGCAGCACCACCGGCCAAGGCUUCCACCGCCUUCUGGAGUGAGCUUUCCAGCAACAUUUACUGGCAAAUCGGCAUCUCGUCUGCCAUUGGGCUCGCCAUUGUUGCCAUUGUGUGGAUUGUCCGCAGCACUCCCAGCACACCUGGUCCCUCUGGCGCCGCCGCCAAUGCUCGCGUUGCCGAAGUGGAGCGACAGUUGGCUGCAGCGACUGCUGCCGCCAGCCAGGCCGACUCACGCUGCAAGCAGCUGGCCAGUGAGCUGGAUCUGCAAGCACAAAAGAUUGGCGACGCACAGCGUCAGUCGCAGAUUGCCACAGCCGAAGCCACUCGUCUCAAGGAGCAAGUCCAGACCUUUAUGACUCGCCAACACGAGGACCAACUCCAGCUCAUGCAAUUCCAGCAAUCAUUGCAGGCCAGCGAUAGCCGCGUUGGCGACCUUCAGCGUGCCUACCAAGGCGAGGUUCAAAGGCGCACGGCGGUCGAAGACCAGCUGAACGUGAUGCGCACCAAGCACACGGAGGCCGUGCAGCAGCUUCAGCACCAGGCUGCCGAGUACCAAAACAUUAUGCAGCUGAAGGACGCCCUUGCCAAGAAGACCGACGAAGCUCUCAACCUCGAGCGCGUUCGCAACACGCUCGAUCGCCAAGUGGCCCAGCUUCAGACCACGCUCGAGGAGAGCGGAGCAGCUCACGUUGCUGUCAGCAACGAGCUCGUUUCUAGCAAGCAACGACUCCGCGAGGCCGAACAGGAUCGCGACCGUCGGAUCGACGCCCUCUCAAAGGAGCUGAGGGCGAGCGAGACGGCCUGCAAUGCUGCCAAAGCAGAGCUGGAGCAUCUCAAGCGCAGCAUGGACGAGUUGGCCGCUCAUCCGUCCCACGCCGAUGACGGCCUGGAGGAUGAUGCUGGACAGACGGCCAGCGUCGACGGCGGGGCUGGCGAGAGCGGUCUGGCGUCCUCCACUCGUUCUGGGGUCGCAUCUUCCACGCGACACCACGCAAUCAAGCGACAGGCCGAAAUCGAAGCAGAGCUUUUGCGGUACAAGGAGCAGGAGGCCGCGCUCCAGCAGCGAGCCCAGGACAGCGAAGCCAAACUGCGCGGGCUGCAAGAUGAAAUCCAGGCGCUGCAUGGCCAGAUGGAAAAGCAAAAGGUGGCCCGCCCAGCGACCGCCGAGAACGAAAAGCUCAAGCGCCAAGUCGCCACGCUUACCGAGGUGAUUGAGGACAAGAAGGCCGAGUACGAGUCCGAGAUUAAAGAGUACAUUCGCGCCAACAACACUGCCAAGGACCAGCUGGCCGCUUCCGAUGCGCGAGUGCAGGAACUCGAGUCCGACUCUGCGUCCUUGCAGCACAGAAUUGUCUCGCUGACCAGCGAUGCCGGCAUGCUUCAGCAGAGCCUGACCAAUCUGCAAUCCCAGCUUGGAAACAAGGAGGCCGAGCUCGCCCGUUCCUUUGCGGAUUACGAUACGCUGGCUGCCUCCAUGCGCGACCAGGAGGCCACCUUGCUCGGCAAGAUUAGCGAUUUGGAGUUUACCGACUCGCAGCGCACCGAGCAACUUAACCAGCUCAAGUACAAGAUGGCCGAGUGCCAGACUGCCAACAAGAAGCUUCGUCAAAUCCUUGCCGACUCUCGUCAGCGCCAGUUUGUCCAACAACAACAGCAGCAGCAGCAGCAGCAGCAGCAACAGCAGCAACAGCAACACCAGCAACAGCAACACCACCAGCAACACCACCAGCACCAUCAGCAGCAUCAGCAUCAACCCCAGCAUCAGCAGUUUGCUGCUUCUGGCCGUCAAGUCGCUGGCGUCUCUUCCAACCAGCCGCCCGCUUACAACCAGCAGCCAGCAGCAGCUCGAUCCGUCUCAGGGGCAGCUGGCGGACUUGCCUCGCUUGGUGUCGCCUCACACAAUGUUGGCGCGCCGAUUCCCGAGUACGGCGCUCACGACAUUGGCCAGCAGCCCGGGUCUCAGCGUGCUACUUCAGUCCCACCGCAGGCAACAACUUCAACGAUGCAAGACUAUGGGAUCUCGUCCUUCUCGAUGGCGCCAUCGAUGGCCAGCUCGCAGCGUGCCGACUUUGGGCACGACUUGUACAAUGCCCCUCGAUCGACGUUUGAGCACCACGGCAGCCCUUCUGGUGACGCGUUUGGUGGCCACCAGUCUUCGCAGCACUCGCCGCAGGCAGCGCCCCACUCUCCCCGCCAACCACCAGCAGCAGCACGUGAAGCUGGCGCACCCGUCGGCUCGCCUCGGCAACAGCCUCGCUCGAUUUCCUUGCAACAGCCGCAGCAGCAGCAGCCGUCGCCGCCACAACACCACCACCACCAGGGUGACCAUCAAGGGCAGGUGCAACAGGCGUCUUGGCAACCUCCCGCUUUCCAGCCUCAGACCACCAGCACGUUCGCUCCUGCAGCGGAUGCUCGCGUGGCAGGUUAUGACCCGCACUUUGACCCUGCGGGCGAUUUCGAGGCAUCACAAGGAGUGCACCAACACCUCCAGCCACACGACGGCGGGGCUGUUGCGGCGUCAACAUGGGACGACUACCACGAGCAGCCUGCUCAAAACGCACAGCCUCGUUACGACGACCGUGACGUGCUCGACGAUGACGCCUAUGCGAACGACAUGUUCACCAAUCGCCGCGGUGCUGGUGGAUCUCAUGUUCCGGCUGCUGAAUCUCAGCCUCAGCAGCAGCAGUAUGAUUUCCAGCAUCAGCAUCAGCAGCAACAGCAGCAGCAGCAGCCGCAACAACAGCAUUCCCAACAGCAUUCCCAACAGCAUUCCCAACACCAUGUGGACCAGUACACGAAUCAGUUCCACCAGCCACCCCAACAGUUUGAUCAGGCAACCACGUAUGAUCAAUACGCCCAGCCGCAGCAGCAGCCUCAGCACAAUGCGUCGCUCAGCUCAUCGCAGCACUACCAACCCGAAGCGGGCUACCAGUACCAGCAGCAACCGCAGCAACAGCAGCAACACCUGCAGCCACACGCACAACCGCCAGUCGAGCAGCCCGCUUUCAGUCCGCAAGACGUCUACAACCCUGCCACGUUGGCUGCCCCAGCUCCUGUCGCAGCAGCGCAACCACCUGCGCGCCAGUUGUCGGCACAAGCUGAGGCGCGCCAGCGCCGCAUGGCCAUGCAGAACAGCACGGGCUCAAACACCCGCAGUCAUGGAAACGACCUUCCCGCCAUGUUGCUGCAGCCGGUUCAACACCAAGCCGAGACCUCUCAUGCUGCUUCCAACGCGUCCGCUGCAGCAAUGGUCGAUCCCUUCAUGUACUCUGCCGGUCCGCAGGCUGAUCAACAAUCUGCCCCGUCUGGCGGAGCCUGGUUUGUUGGCCCUCCGUCGUCAACGCAGUUGUAACACCUCUGCCUCGUAUGUGUGUGUGUGUAUGUCGUGGUGACGUUGAGUUGCAAUGUGUCUUUGUGUGACGUGAAUGUCAAUGUCGAAUGAAUCCUUUUUGUUGUUCU